GCGAGCCACCGGCCUUCAGCUGGAGAUCGAAUCCUCCUAGUCAUUCCCUCUAACUCUGGGCGGAAUUUUCACCCUGCUGAGAAGAGAAGGGAAUUCGACCUCCCGCAGGCUGCAUCGCCAGGAUUUCUGGUCUCUCCGACAAAAAUAGCAAAUAAUUCCGCUCAGUUCUCCUGCAUGUUUUCUCGGAACUCCUGAUGAAGAAGAAGAAAGCAGAGGUGCUGAAGAGAAGCUUGGAUCCCUGUCUGUGAACUGGGACUUGUGUGUAUCCUGGCGCUGGGGAAGCCACGUUUUUGCCAUAGAUCGAUGCUUCCCUCUGCCUGAUGUGCCCUAUGCCGUGGGCUCCAGGCCUCUCUGAAACAAGGGGCGGCCCUGUUUUGAGAGGACCCAUCAAUGUGGGAGUGAGCAGUACAAACGGAGCUUGAGAAGAGUGGAGGAAGUAAUGGAGGAAUUUACCACCCGGACCUAUGGGACCAGAGGGGUGGAUAACAGGCCUCUCUUUGGAGAGACUUCGCCACGGGAUAGAAUAAUCAAUUUAGCUGUUGGCAGCGUAACAUCCUUGCUGCUUAUAGUAACUCUGAUCAGUGCUUUUGUCUUUCCACAACUACCUCCAAAACCGCUGAACAUAUUUUUUGCUUUCUGCAUCUCCUUGUGUAGCGUUUCAGUUGGCAUUCUUAUCUACUGGUAUCGACAAGGAGACCUGGAGCCAAAAUUCAGGAAUCUAAUUUACUAUAUCUUGUUUUCUAUUAUCAUGUUAUGUAUAUGUGCCAACCUCUACUUCCAUGAAGUGGGUAAAUGACUUUUACAGGCACAGCACGGACUGCCGUCGAGAUUGCCUGGAUGGAAGGGCUCUGGAGGUCGAUGACUAACUCCAAAAGAAGGCGGUUUCUGUGAGGAUACAGUCCAGCGGAUACUUGAGUUUCGUUUUAGAUGUAUAUUUAAAGGACCUUCCUAUUGCCAUAUGAAACGACAUUUGCUUCUUUCUUUUUUUAAAAAAAGAGAGUUACUAGUGCACUUAAUGAACUUUUCAGCUGCACACACGUUUUCAGAGCAGCACAAGCUUUUUCCUUUUGGGAAAAGAACCUGCAUCUUUUAUUACACUGUACAAAAAAAGGCAGCACUCAAAAGUUUGUACCACAGUAUAAAUAAAAAUUCAGUCUACUGAUACAGAAGACAAA